AAUCCCUCGAUGGAAGUGAACAAAUUAAACAGCUCUUUUCUUUGCCACACAAGUGCUGCUGCCUCUCUGUUCUCCACUGAGGAGCCUGAGGCAUCUUCUUCCUUCUCGUAGCUCUCUCCAGCCUCAGCCAUGGAAGUAAUGCUCAGACCUCUCCUCUCUUUCCUGUUUCUCGCCAUCCUCAUCCUCCACAUUUCAGUGGAGGUCUCAGGUACAACAAUGACGCUGUACAACAAAUGCAGCCACCCUGUUUGGCCAGGCAUCCAACCCAGCGCUGGGAAGCCGGUUCUCGCUAGGGGAGGGUUCAAGCUACCGCCAAACAAGUCCUACACUGUCCAACUCCCGGCUGGGUGGUCGGGACGCGUGUGGGGCCGCCACGGCUGCUCAUUUAACGCCGAGGGCCGCGGCCGAUGCGCCACCGGUGAUUGUGGCGGGGCCCUCUUCUGUAAUGGGAUUGGUGGGCCCCCUCCGGCCACUCUUGCUGAGAUUACCCUUGGUAAUGAUCAGGAUUUCUACGAUGUCAGCCUGGUGGACGGCUACAAUCUCGCCAUUUCCAUCACACCCUUCCGCGGCAAAGGGAAGUGCAGCUACGCCGGGUGCGUUAGUGACCUGAACAUGAUGUGCCCGGUAGGGCUUCAAGUCCGAUCUCAUGACAAGAAGAGCGUGGUGGCGUGCAAGAGCGCGUGCUUUGCGUUCAACUCCCCCAGAUACUGCUGUACUGGGAGCUUCGGCAACCCGCAGUCGUGCAAGCCCACAGCAUAUUCCAGGAUUUUCAAAGCUGCCUGCCCCAAGGCUUACUCGUACGCAUAUGACGAUCCGACCAGCAUCGCCACUUGCACUGGCGGCAGCUACUUGCUCACCUUCUGCCCUCACCGUUAGCGCAUUUGCUCCUUUUCUCUUAUGGGAUCUUAUUCGUUAUCUCAAUUAGUUAGCUGGUAUAGUCAUAUAGUGUAUCUUAAUUGGUGGAGGUGGACAGUGAGAUCUGGUUAGUGUUCUUGCCAUGUUGGUGAGUGGAUCUGUUCCAUGGUUUAGUCUAAAAGAAAGAGGACUCAGCUGUCGUAGUAAACUGACAUGGUAUUAUGAUGUUUUGGUUGUGUUCUUGGACUUGGAUUUAGGUUAGUUUCCUUUCUGGAUUCACUGCUAUUUCCUUUUACAUUUUGCUUUCUGGUUGUGCA